AUGAACCCCGAAAAUACCUUGAGGAUUAACGGGAAACUCAUACUAAUGCCUAAAAAGAAAGCUGUGGAAGUACACAAUAUUCCAGCCAGUUCCGUCUUUUUGGCCCAGUCUGGAUACCUGCUUUGCAUAUAUUUUCUCACCCACAUGAACGAAAAUGCAAGAAUCACGAGAAUACAGAAAGAGAUCAUUGGUAAGGUUUCUUUUCGACUUGGUGGCACCAUUGCAAUACCAACAGCUGAUUCGAAGCAGAAAGAAAUGACUGGACCUGUCCAGUCGAAAUUCUGUGGCGGAAGAGGCAGUGGAUUACUUUGA